GUGGUCAUCCGACGACAGUUACAUUUGACAGUUACAAAAAUAACAAGGCAGUCCUAGAGCUAUAUUUUGAACGACUACAGUAGUAGCUACGUUUCGUCGGGCGUCGGCGUCGGCGGCGGCGACGACGGGUGGACAAUCAUGUCGAGGACGCCAUCCCGCUCCCAUUGCUGCAACCUGGCUUCAUGCGCUUGGAUGCGCUGGCCGACCGUCGCCAGCUCCGACUCUGCCAGCGCUACCAUGAAUGAUGACAAGUCUACAUCUCCCUGCAACGCCAGACACUUGGUCUCGAUGCGGUUGGCCUCCCGGUACUUCUGCCACACGUCGGUCCAGGUUUGCGCCCACGCUUCUGUCUUGGGGUUGCUGUACACCGGACGCGGAGGUUUGUCUAGCUUCUUUCGCGUCGGCUGCUUCGCCGAUCCACCUCGUCCUUCUUCCGACUCUGCUUUUCGUUUUUUACCUUGGGAUGUUUCGAUUUCAUUCUUGGACAUAGCCCCGUCCGUGGCUUCCUUGGGAUAUUUCCUCACCAAGUUGUUUUCCUCGGCAGACCGUUGUAGUGGUUUCCGUCGUGUAUUGUCUGCCCAUUCGUCCUUCGAAUGAUCCCCUCGUUUCGUAUCUUGGGAUUGUUCCAACGGAACCGUGGUCCCCUUCUUAACAUCAUUGGGAUAGUUCCAGGGCUUGUUAACAUGUCCAUCUUCCGGUGUCCUGUGCUUGGUUUCCUGGGGAUCCUUCCUUGCGUUGCGGUCCGCGUUCUUCGCGGCAUGUUCGUCGGCAGAUUGUUGCAUGAGUUGGAGUCCAGCCAACUCUUCGGCAGUAUAAACUCGACUGGACGGAUUUUUCAGUCCUUCGCGAUGGUCGUGCUUGGCAGGUGCUUGUUCUCCGGCUCGAUUUCGAGGAUGAUGCUGGUCUUUCGGCAGUGAUGCACUAGCUAGGGUGGCUUGGGCUACAUCUUCCUUCGACUCGCUGAGUACGGCGGCCGAAGGAGUAGCGGCGUGCUUUGUCGGAGCUGUUGGCUCCUCGUUGGAGUCGCUUGGACGGAUGCUGACGGCGGGUUCUUCGUCAAUUUCCAUGUCACUGGUCAGACUCGACGGAGAAAGGGCCCGAUCGUUCACAGGUUGGAUCUUUGGACGUGGUGGGGGGCUCGACGUAUGCCUUUCACGCGGUGGACUUCGACGAUGCUGUGGCGAAGAACGCUUGUCGCGAGGCCGAGGGGAAUGGUCUCGCUGGGACCACGGAGAGAUUCGUCUAGAUGGACUAGAGUUUCGUCUGGAUGAUGGACUAGGGUUCCUGCGUGAAGGACUAGUGUGUCGUCUUGAAGGACUGGUAUUUCUUCGUGGGGGGCUAGCGUUUCUUCGUGGAAUGGGGUUCCUACGAGGUGAAUUGUCAUUCCUUCUUGGAGGGCUGUCGUGACGUCGUGAGCUUGACGGUGGUUGCGUCGUCUGCCUAUCUUGACUUCGCUGCUGGGUGCGAUGCGAUCGGUCUAUGGAACGCAUACCACCUCUGAGAUCAACAUCUCUUCUUUCCUGCUUUGGUGCUCGGCCUCGAGAGCGAGAUCGUUCUCGUGUGUCUUGGCGUCUUUUGGAGUCAUCAACCCCUCCGCUUCCUCCAGAGGUUGGGCGGUGGUUCGAGGAAGACGCAUUACUCAUGUCUCCUCUUCCGCGGCCUCCUCCGCUUGCGCGGAGCUCCGACGAUCUGCCAUACUUGCUGUCUGCCAUGGCCACAAC